GGAAGCCUCAGCAGGGGCGUGGUUAAAACAAACCAGUGACCUGUCUUUACCGGACACACACUCAUAAAUAACAUACACACACACAAAUAACACACACAGGCGCCUUAAACAACUGUGACUGACUCGUUCAAGCGCAGAUGAUGGUGUGACCUCGGAGCAGGCCUGUGUCAGCCAUGGAGGACCUGAGGUGUGUGGCCAUGGCUGGGUUGCAGCUGUGGCUGUUUGUGGUGGUGUUCCUCAUCACGCUGCCUGCUAUGUUUGGUCUCUCGCUGGGAGUCACUGGGUUCUACAUCCGCAUACUGGUCUGGCUCCUGGAGUGGGCCACGCUGCGGAUCCAGAGAGGACGACGGGAGCAGCCCAGUGAGCCUUGCCCUUUGCUCAGCGGCCUCAUCCAGCGAACAGGCAGCUCCAUGAAGGACGACCUGCUGCAGCUGCGUAGCUCUGACUCGCUGGACGGCUUCGCCCUGAGCGACGCUGUCUUCUUCUGCUCCAGAGGCCUGGAGAGCAUCGUGGAUGACCAGGUGACCCAACGCUUCUCCUCCCAGGAACUGGACUCCUGGAACCUUCUCACUCGCACCAACCAGAACUUCCGCUACAUCAGUCUGCGUCUUACCAUCAUCUGGGUCAUCGGCGUCUUCAUGCGUUACUGCAUCCUUCUUCCGCUCAGGAUUACUCUGGCCGUGAUGGGCCUCUCGUGGCUCGUGAUCGGAACCACCCUGGUCGGGUUCCUGUCGGAGAGCAGUCUGAAGAGUUGGCUGAGUGAACUGGUCCAUCUGACCUGCUACCGGAUCUGUGCCAGAGGACUGUCAGCCACCAUCCGCUACCACAACAGAGAGAACCGUCCGAGGACAGGCGGCAUCUGUGUGGCCAACCACACGACCCCAAUCGACGUGGUGAUCCUUGCCAACGACCGCUGCUAUGCUAUGGUGGGUCAAAUCCACGGAGGCCUGAUGGGCAUCAUGCAGAGGUCCAUGCUGAGGUCCUGUCCUCAUGUUUGGUUUGAGAGGUCUGAGAUGAAAGACCGUCACGCAGUGACAAGAAGGCUGAGGGCUCACGUUGCAGCUCAGACCAAACUUCCCAUCCUCAUUUUUCCUGAAGGAACCUGCGUCAACAAUACUUCGGUCAUGAUGUUCAAGAAAGGAAGCUUCGAGAUUGGAGGGACCAUAUAUCCAGUUGCAAUCAAGUACGACCCACGUUUUGGAGACGCUUUCUGGAACAGCAGCAAGUACACCAUGGUGAGUUACCUGCUGAGGACCAUGACCAGCUGGGCCGUGGUGGUGGACGUGUGGUACCUGCCUCCGAUGAGCAUACGGGUCGAGGAGGAUGCAGCUCACUUUGCCAGCAGGGUGAAGUCUGCCAUCGCCCGGCGUGGAGGUCUGCUGGACUUGUCCUGGGACGGAGCUCUGAAAAGAGGCAAAGUCAAGGAUUCUCUGAAGGAGGAGCAGCAGAGGAUGUACAGCAGCAUCAUCUCCAUGGGAACAGGCUGGAAUGGCUCUAUUCUUGUUUGACCAGCAGGAGGCAGCGUGAGACCAGGAAACCUUUUAAAGCAGAUCGACUUUGUCUUUAUUGAUUUAAUAAACACGUUUGUAGUUUU